GUAAAUGAUCCACGCUUAUACAAGUUGUCUGUUCCGCGAUCAACACGUAAACUAUAUAAGAGCUUUUUGAGGCAGAACCCCCUCCAGAACUCGUUAGCUGGCUUUUCCCAGUAAAUCCUUCCAAUCACUGCUGUCAACAUGGAGAGUCUGCUCCGCGCCGUGCUGGCCGUGUUGUUCUUGGGGUUGUUCCAGCAGGGAGCUGUUGUGGCUGACCGGCCGUACACAUCUGAGCUGACUGUGCCAAAUGGACAGCGGUGGGGAACAUGGAGGGGGCCCGAGAUGUGUCCUGACCAGUACUUUGCUAUUGGCUUCAGGGACAGGGUGGAGCGCAGCCAGGGCAAAGGCGACGACACGUCCCUGAACGGCAUCCGCCUCAUCUGCAGCAAAGACGGGGACCAGAGCUCCACAACCACUGUGCAGUCUCACCCUGGCCCCUGGGGCGACUGGUCCCAACCUCAGUACUGCGCCAGUGGUGUGCUCACUUCUUUCCAGCUCCGUGUGGAGGGCCUUCAGGGCAACGGUGACAACACCGCUGCCAACAACAUCAGGUUCCGCUGCAGCAACGGACAUGUGCUGGAGGGCAGCGGCCUGGCCUGGGGGCAGUACGGCCAGUGGAGCCAGGAUUGUGUCAAUGGAGGAAUCUGUGGCAUCGAGACCAAGGUGGAGGCCCCACAGGGGGAAGAGGAUGACACCGCCCUCAACGACGUGCGCUUCCGUUGCUGUGCAAGAGCCCAGAAGCUUGGUCCAUCCUUCCUCCCUCACCCUGAAUUAAACAAUGACAAUUAAUAAAGUGUUCAUUUGAA